UAGACUGUGGAGUGGAGUGUGGCGUGCCGCUUGCCGCUCUGUUGUUGUGUCGUGUUUCGUGUUUAGUUGAAACGAGACCUUCGUACUUUCAACAUGGCCCCCGUGACGUCCGAAUCAUUUCUGUAGUGUUGUUGUGUGGUGUUUUUGCCAAUCAGUGACUUCUGUGUGUGGACUUAGAGUAAAUGGUGACCAGUGUAUGUGUCGUGUAUUUCUUUAUAAAUUCGUAGGAUGGAUUUUCCACACUUCAUGACCCACUGAAGUGGCAGCCGCAGCAUGAACCUGUACAAGCGAGGGAUGAUCUUUGUUACUUUCCUGGGGUCUUGCCUCAGCAUCGCGCUGGUGGCUGCAGCCCUGGGGACCAAGUACUGGGUGACAGCACGAGCCAAGCGCACGCCCAACCCACAGGAGAGUGACGGGGUUGUGCGGAUGGGACUGUUCUAUGGUGACAAGGAGCUCAACGUCGCCUACGGCUGGCGAAACUACCCGUUCAGUGUGUAUGAUGCCAUGAAGAUGGACAGAGAGUUGAUGGUGUACAGUUACUGGCUGACGACAGUGGCCUGUCUAGCUUUGUCCCUUGUAUUUGCUGCGUUGGCUGCGGUGUUAGCAGUGAUCAACACAGCUACCUCUCCCAUCGGAACUCUCACUGGUGUGCUGGGGUUGUACCUCUGGAACAUCGUAACAUUGAUAUUCCAGUGUACAGCAAUUGGAUUCUGGAUAGCCCAGUUUUACGAGAGACUGCAGUACAACGUUUUAGGACUGGAGGAAAAGAGCAACUAUUGGACCUCUCAAGGGAUGGCCUCCUUUGGUUUCUCUUUCUGGCUGGCAGUCGUCGCUGCUGUCGUCCACAUUGUCAACCUAAUCUUCAUUUACAUGGGAACAAAGGAGUCUAGAGCUAAGGCCGCCUCAAUACCAGUUCUUGAGGAAAAAGGAAAUGGAGCUAUUAUGCUCUACUGACUCACUAUGCCAUCUUGUAAAUAUUCUUGUAAAGUUAUUUCUAAUAAAGUAUUUUUAGUUUUCGUG